AUGGCUACCGUCCAGGAGGCGGAGCAAAUUGUGCGACGUCUGGCUAAGAAGUAUGGGCUUCGGAACGAAAAAAUGAUGGACGAUAUCGAACAAUUUAACGCCGAAUAUCGUCAGGAGCUUGAUGAAACUUGGCUGGCGAUGGAAAAUGAGUUAUCGCACUCCGUCAAGGUACUGGCAAAACAGAUCUAUAGCAGUGGUGCGCGGUUUGUCUUUGAACUUCUUCAGAACGCAGAGGAUAAUAUCUUUGAAAAGGCUCGUGAAGCAGAAGCGCUGCCUUUCGUUUCUUUUAAGAUAUAUCCAAAUAAGAUCAUCGUCGAGUGCAACGAAGAUGGUUUUAAAGAGCCACAUUUACAAGCUAUUUGCGCUGUUGGACGAAGCACCAAGUCAGCUUCCCACGGAUAUAUCGGCGCCAAAGGCAUUGGUUUCAAAUCCGUCUUUAUCGCCGCAUCUAGAGUUCAUAUUCAGUCUGGGAAUUUCUCAUUUGAGUUUCGGCAUAAAAGGACAGACCCAGGUUUAGGCAUGAUUAGACCUAUCUGGGUGAGUCCAGUUGAGGCCAUCCCCAGCCCUCUAACCCGCACGACACUAUACAUCCAUGACCAAGGAGACCCGGAUGAACUUCAACAUCUGAAGAGAAUUAUCUCUGUGCAAUUUGAUGACCUACAGGAAACCUGUUUGCUCUUCCUACGCAAGCUAGAGCAGAUCAGCUUGGAAUUCUACAAUGAGAACGGUGAGCUGAUACGAUCAAAGUACUUCCGCAAGCAUAAGAUCGACGAUUAUCGCGUGUCUCUGGAGACUACAUCUGGUGUUCGUGGAGAUGAGACUACUCAAAGUCAAAUUUAUCACAUCACGAGACAAAUCGCGACCAACUUGGCCCGGAGCGACAAUCGCGAGCUUCCUGAUACCAAGGAGGCUAAGAAUGAUUUCUCUAAAGCCGAAGUCGUUCUGGCUUUCCCGAUGACCGACAACUCUGAACCACUUAUCACUCAGAAGAACCAAGACCUGUUCGCGUUUUUACCUCUCAGAAGAUCCGAUUACAAGUUUUUAAUUCACUCUGAUUUUGAUACGAACGCCAAUCGACAAGAUAUCAUUACCACAUCGCGGAGAAAUCUCGAACUUCGCGGUUGGAUUGCGUCUGCGUUCUUUCAGGCAAUUCUGCAGUUCUGCCAGCAUCCUACACUCUGCUACAGCUGGCCUAUGUUCCUCCCGUCCUCCUCAGAUACCAGUUCCGAUGCAUUCUGGUCAGGCCUUAAUCACGAGAUACAAAGCUUGAUGAAGAAAACACCAGUUCUGAAAUCCCGCAAUCGAAUCGACUUGCGCCUGGUAGGGGAUGUUGUCAUUCUCGCCGGCGAUGCCCAGGAUGCGGAAGGGCAUCCUUUGUUUGACGACCCGACUAAAGAUCUUUAUCUUUCGCCCAGUUAUUCCCAAAUGGCAAAGGACAUUCUUAAAGGCUACGGACUAGAAGUACUCAACAUCCAAACAUUUCUCAACUUACUGGAAACCGACGUCCGCAGUCCCAACUCCAGGUUUCACGGAGAAAACACGACCGAUGAAUGGCACUCAGCUGUAGCACGCCUGCUUUCCGAACAUCUCAAGAAUUCUCUAUCUAUACAACAGAGACUGAAGUCGUUGCCUUUGCUCCCUCUGAGAUCCGGAACGUGGACAUCGACUACAUCUGGACCAGUGUAUUUUCCAAAGACGGGAGAUAUCGACAUCCCCAACUCCUUAGACCUCAACGUUAUCACUGUUCACGCAUCUAGUAACUCGGAUAGAAGCACCUUAUUCCAACACCUAGGAGUCUGUCAGGCCACAUACGAAGACGUGAGAGCAUCGAUCCUCAGAUCGUUCCAAACGAAGAAGUCCAUGUCGUUUGAAGUCAUAAAUGAGUAUUUGAGCUUCCUUUAUCUGACGCACCAGAUCGGGAAACACGGACUGAAAGAAUACACGAAAGUUCAUGUCGGCACUAGUGCUUGGAAGCGAGACAACCCGCAUGAGACGGAUAUAUAUCUCCCUGGAACGGAGCAUGCGUACAGUCCUGCAAGCCUUUUAGCCAACGAAGGCGCCUUGCCAGACUUAUCCGUGAUUUUCUUACACUCGAAACAUAUGGAAAGCGCCCCAGACAAGCCAAACCUAUUCCACCCAAGCUGGGAGACGUGGCUCUGCGACUUGAUCGGUGUACGUAAACGGUUGAGACUCAUAUCACGAGAUAAACGCGGUUUAUCGGAUAUCUUUUUGUAUGUCUUUGAGCACCGCCCAGAGAAAUUCUUGGGGCUAUUUGAGCAUCUCUGGUUACACGAGAAAUCAAGUUUGGUGACAAAUCGCGCUCUCCGAUCAAAGAUUGAGGAUCUGCCUGCUCAGAAACUCUGCAACGUUGACUAUUCACUUAUGCUGAAGCAAGCCUGGCUUCCACUGAAAUAUUUGAGACACUCUGUCGACCGUUACAUGGAACAUCCUAAGCAAUUUCCCUUUCUCAAACUCGAGGAAUCAGACAUAACCGUUGGAUCAAAAUGGCAUUUUCUGAGUGACUACUUCUCAGUCAGCAAAGACGACAGCAUGGAUUUCCUACUCCAAAUACUUCAGUAUAUUCAGCUCUCAUGCCCCGAACGGCCUUCCGAUAGUCAAACACAAAAGGUGUUCGACUUGUACAUUGCCAUAUACGCCAGGCUUGCGGUUACUAGUGAUGGACCAGACACGAGACUCAAGAUUACGCAAUUCUUUGACAAAGGAGGUGUCCUCGACCCUAAUCAGAAUAAUCCUAUGUGGACGACAUCUCGGCUCUGUUUAUGGACCGCACCACCAGAUAUGGUCAUGUUUCACUCUCUCAGGUCUUCCUACAUGGAAAGGGUGGAUAAUGAGAAAUUUAGGAACAUCGAGAGCCUAUUCAAGGGAACACUUCAAAUUCCGGAUGCGUCGUUGGCUAACCUGGUAACCGAGCUGACCAAACUCCGGGAGAAGGGUUGCAAGGAAAUACCUCGCAUGCGGACAAUCUAUGAUUACUUACACAGGGCAAAAAUACCUUUGCCGAGUUUAAAAGCUGCAUUUGAGGCGUCCCCCCUCAUCUAUUGUGAAACGCGACAUGGUGAGUCCGGUUGGUAUAAGACCUCAGAUUGUCUGUGGUCUAGUGAAACAGUUAUCCGCGGUAAAGCCGUCCUAGAUGGAUGUUGGGAGGCUUAUGAGAACUUCUUUGUUGGCAAACUAGGUGUGAAGCUGCUCACCUUGCAGAUGGUCUACGAUGAACUGCGACAAUCAUCAGGGAAAAAUACGGAAGAGACCAAAGUGGCCGUUCUGUCCCUCAAUGGUCUUCUACAAACGGAAACGACACGACUCGAUCCAAAGCCGAUCAGACAAGCCAAAGUCUUUCCGGUUAGAUACCCAACUGGCACUGUCGUUUUGAGCUCUGUGAGCGUUGACUUUGCUAUUGGAGAUCGAGACAAGUUGAAGAUGAUGUUUCGUGACAAGGUUGCUCUUUUGGACUUUGAGAUGGAUGAAGUCCGUCGCCUUAGACCAUUGAUCGAAUGGCUGAGACUCCAAGAUCGCUACUUGUCUAACUCUGUGGAAGAAAGUACUUUCAUCUGCAGUGACUCAGAGCGUCCGAUUUCUACGCCUAACCGAGAUCUCAAACGCAAAGCUUACCAUAUUGCUCGCCCUCGAUUUGAGGACAACCCGCUCGGUCUCUAUGAGCAGCUUCGCACAAUGAGAGUCGUGGAGGUUGAGAAAAUAUCAUCUGUGUUAAGAAUCUUCCAAAACCAACAGUCGUUCGAGAUUCCAGUAGCAACCGCCAACGAGCAUAUCGAAGAUUCGACAGGAAACCUCACGAUUUAUGUCCCAAAAGAGCGCAGAGCCCAAGAGUUCUGCUUCGGUUCAGUCCUUCCUAGGAAAUUCGCGGCAUGGCUAAUGCGCUCGCAGAAGAGCCCCGGCGAUGUACCAGUCGAAACGGACAUAGUUAAAAUCUUGACUGCAGUCUUUGCAAGUGAAAGAUUCGUCCUUGAUGAUGUCCUCGACGACCAGGGAAUCUUAACAGUGCCGUUUGAUAACGAGGAUGAAGAAGACAACAGUGACGAGGCAGAAGAGCACCAGUUGGAAGAUCAAGAGGAAGAAAGCCAAGAACAACGACUAUCAGACAGUCGCCUCGAAACCGAUGAUACCUCUCCAGAACAACUAACACCCGAUCGUUCUUCUAUAAAUGCUGCCACGCCACCUUAUACUGGAUCCUCUGGAACUUCGCCAGAGGGAAACCUUCAGGAAACACUCGUCGAGGAGACCAUCUCCCAGCGAAGCCAUAUGUCAUAUCAGUCUCAUUCAGGAAGGGUACAUCGCUCUUCUCAGUCAGACUUGUCUCCUAGCUCACCACAGCCAUUACACCACACAACCGACCAUGCUCCUUCAAACCCAAUUUCGGUGAUGACCUCGCCUUCUGAACAGCAGUCUUCCGAAGACGCUAGAUAUCGCUCAAUCCUGGACAGGGUCAUCGAAAAAGCCCGGAAUGCGGCAUUCCCAUCCAGAGGGUCAUUUGAUAUGACCCAUAUGCGGAACGCUCUACCUGGAGGUGAUAUGGACGCUUACCAGAGUUUUGAUGGGCUGGAGGUCAUGGGCCAAUUUCGGUCAACCAAUCAGCUAGAGCGCGACAAGAAGGUUGGCGCUGCAGGCGAGUUAUAUGUAUUCGAGCUUCUGUCAUGUCUUGACUUGCCAAAUUGGAACCGUUCGAAUUGGCAAAGUACGAUCAGAUCGUAUGUGACUAUUCACCCAGACUACACGGAUCUACAGGCUUGGAGAGGUAGGGAAACCGCCGACCUAGUCUAUGUCGAUGCUGAAGGACACUUGACAAAUACGCUGAUCGGUUGUGGCUAUCUCGACCAUGAUGAGUGGCUUGGAGCGCGGCCUAAAUAUUACAUAGAAGUCAAGACUACGACUGGGCCAUGUAGUACCGCAUUCUACAUGAGCGGAAAGCAAUACCAGCUGAUGCAACAAGUUCACCACACCGAAGACCAUUCGGAGAUUUACAUAGUCUUCCGCGUGUUCCAGCUCAAUAGCGACGGGAUUGGCCUGUGUGUGUAUACUGACCCAGAGAAACUCAGGCAAGAUGGGGGUCUGCUGUUCAAAGGACAGGCGUGGUCUAUUACCCCAGGACCAAACAUGGGACGGCAGAAGGGGGAAAUGAGAGGGGCUUCAGCACGCAUUCGAAGCACGGGUGCUUAG